CCCCCCCUCCGCGGCCUCCGGCCCCACCAGCGCUCAGACAAUGACUUCAUGCGGAUUAUGCAUCUGAAGAAAUCACCAGCUCCCAGAUAGCCACAGGGGGAGGUAUCCAUGUGUUUGGCAGGCAAGGAGCCUCCUGCUCGCCUUCCUUCUCCUCCUCUUAUCUCCCCGCACACGGCAGCUGCCUCCUCUCCGGCGAUGGUCGCCUGCGGUCCCCCCGCCCGGCGCUGAGCGCGGCCCCGGCGCAUCCCCGCUCCCACGCUUGCACCAAGAGUGGCCACCCCGGGGUGCUGGCACUGACCAUGAUGGACCUGAAAGUGGACGAGGAGGAGGUGGACAGCGGGCAGCCCGUCAGCAUCCAGGCCUUCGCCAGCAGCUCCACCCUGCACGGGCUCUCGCACAUCUUCUCCUACGAGCGGCUGUCGCUGAAGCGCGUGGUCUGGGCUCUUUGCUUCCUGGGCUCGCUGGCCCUGCUGGCCCUGGUCUGCACCAACCGCAUCCAGUACUACUUCCUGUACCCCCACGUCACCAAGCUGGACGAGGUGGCGGCCACCAGGCUGACCUUCCCUGCUGUCACCUUCUGCAACCUCAACGAGUUCCGCUUCAGCCGAGUGACCAAGAAUGACCUGUACCAUGCUGGAGAGCUGCUGGCCUUGCUCAAUAACAGAUACGAGAUCCCAGACAUCCAGACAGCCGACGAGAAGCAGCUGGAGAUCCUGCAGGACAAGGCCAACUUCCGAAACUUCAAGCCCAAACCUUUCAACAUGCUGGAGUUUUAUGACCGGGCUGGCCACGACAUCCGGGAGAUGCUGCUGUCCUGCUUCUUCCGUGGGGAGCAGUGCACCCCCGAAGACUUCAAAGUGGUCUUCACCCGCUAUGGGAAGUGCUACACCUUCAACGCGGGGCAGGACGGGAAGCCCCGGCUCAUCACCAUGAAGGGGGGCACUGGCAAUGGCCUGGAGAUCAUGCUGGACAUCCAGCAGGACGAGUACCUGCCAGUGUGGGGGGAAACAGAUGAGACCUCGUUCGAAGCCGGGAUCAAGGUGCAGAUCCACAGCCAGGACGAGCCCCCACUGAUCGACCAGCUGGGCUUCGGGGUGGCUCCAGGCUUCCAGACCUUUGUGUCCUGCCAGGAGCAGCGGCUCAUCUACCUGCCGCCUCCCUGGGGCGACUGCAAGGCCGUGGCGGGCGACUCGGAGUUCUACGACACCUACAGCAUCACGGCGUGCCGGAUCGACUGCGAGACCCGCUACCUGGUGGAGAACUGCAACUGCCGCAUGGUGCACAUGCCAGGCGACGCCCCUUACUGCACCCCGGAGCAGUACAAGGAGUGCGCGGACCCCGCCCUGGAUUUCCUGGUGGAGAAGGACAAUGAGUAUUGCAUCUGCGAGAUGCCCUGCAACAUGACCCGCUACGGCAAAGAGCUCUCCAUGGUGAAGAUCCCCAGCAAAGCCUCGGCCAAAUACCUGGCCAAGAAGUACAACAAAUCAGAGCAGUACAUUGGGGAGAACAUCCUGGUGCUGGAUAUCUUCUUCGAAGCGCUGAACUACGAGACCAUCGAGCAGAAGAAGGCGUACGAGGUGGCCGGUUUGCUGGGUGACAUCGGGGGGCAGAUGGGGCUGUUCAUUGGGGCCAGCAUCCUCACAGUGCUGGAGCUGUUUGACUACGCCUACGAGGUGAUCAAGCACCGGCUGUGCCGGAGGGGAAAAUGCCGCAAGAACCACAAGAGGAACAACACGGACAAGGGCGUGGCGCUGAGCAUGGACGACGUGAAGCGCCACAAUCCCUGUGAGAGCAUACGGGGGCACCCAGCAGGCAUGACGUACGCAGCCAACAUCCUACCUCACCACCCGGCCCGGGGCACCUUCGAGGACUUCACCUGCUAACCGACGUCUGGAUGUACAACCUGAGCUACCAAAGCCCUGCCAGAGCUGCCCUUCUCCCCGGAGAGACACAUCCGGGGGACCUUUGCUCCUCGGCACGGUGGGACACGGACGAGAGCCUCGGAUUUCGGGGCGGGCAGCGGGGUGGGGCAAUGCCAGCGCCUGCCCUGCUCCUUCAGAGACUCCAGGAUGCUCCAGCCCGGCCGGGAGCGACACACGCACAGCGGGCCAGGGCACGGGUCUGCCCCGCCUCCCCCUUGGCUCCCCUCGGCCUUUUUAACUAAAACCCAGAAGCCAAGAAGAAGCAGCCGUUCGGCCGCGGUCUCCAUCCACAGCCCUGUCCGUCUGUCCUCCGUCGUCUCCAUGCUCGUCCUGCUCCCACGCCUUGGCAGCGCCUGCCGGGCCCCUGUGCCUGGUGGGGGGAUCCUGGGGAGCCCCGGCACGGGGCAGGGAGGGAGUCCCCAGAGAGCUCCUCUGGCCCCCGGGACCUGAAUCGGUGCAGAACAUCUUCCCUGGUGCAGAACAUCUUCCCUGGCCCCAGCCCUGGGAUCAGCCCCGGGAUCAACCCUGGCCCCAAGCCCCAGGAUCAGCCCCUGGAUCAGCCCUGGGAUCAGCCCGGGGAUCAACCCCAGGAU